CACCUAAUUCUAUGAUGGGUGCACCACCUUCUAUGAUCGGUGCACCACCUAAUUCUAUGAUGGGAGGACCGCCUGUAGGACAAGGCUUUCAAAGUGGUCCACCCUCAGGACCACCAACAGGUCCAACACCACCAAUGUCACCUGCAGCUGGACCAGCAUCUGGAGCAAGGCCGGGAUUUUCUGGUAUGCAACCAACUGGAAUGGGCCCAGGUACUGGAAUGGCUCCUGGGCCUGGUAUGGCUCCUGGGCCUGGUAUGGCUCAACAACCAGCAGCACAAAGAAGACUGGACCCUGACCAGAUGCCUAGCCCAAUUCAAGUUAUAGAAGAUGAUAAAAAAAACAGAAGAAAUGAACAAUUUAUGACAAAUUCAAGAGGGCAGGUUCCGCCAUUGGUAACAACACCAUUUCAAGUUAUUGAUCAAGAUAACUUUUACAGUAUGAGCUCUGGGCCUUACACGAACCAAGGACCACCCGGUCCUGGUCAUUAUAAUUACGGGCAAAAUCCUCUUCCUAAUAAUAAUCAACAGAAUGCCUUCUACAACGCCGGUGGAGGAACGGUUCAGCCACCCAUCGGUGGACCUACUGGAAAUGGUUUGCCUUUAGGCCCAGGGCUAUCGCAACCAAAAUCCAUGACUGGCCCUCAGCCUGGUGGACCUGGAUUUUACCAACCAGGUUUCCAACCUAGAAUGAAUGGACCCUCAUCAAACCAAGGACCACCUCCUCCACAGCAAUAUCGACAGCAAUCCCCGCCUGUGUCUCAACAACAACAUCCCAGCCAGUCUUCUCCUUAUGGAUAUCAGCCACAAACGUCUAGAGGGCCUCCCCAACAAAAUAGUCAGAUGUUUCAACAAAGACUACCUUACCAACCUACAUCACAGACUAGACCACUUGCAGGAGAUAACCAGUUGAACACACAGAUGGGAGGAAUGAGUAUAGAUGGGAACAUUCCAUCCCAACCAGGCAUGAUGGGAGGGCAAGGAAUGCAAAAUACAAUUAGGCCCCAAGGCCCACCACCAUCAAGCAUGGGCUACUCUCCUGGACCACCAACUUCAAAUGCAGUAGGCCCUCCUCCAUCCACACAGGCACAGGGCAAUAUACAAAGAAUGGGUAUGGCUAACAGCAGACCAGGGCCACCACCAAUGGGAGUUCCACCAUCAAGUAAUGCCCAAAUGGGUAUGUACGGCAACCAACAAACAUCAGUAGCUAAAAUGUCCAACACAGUAGGGCCACCACCAAAUAACAUGAUGGGUGCACCACCAAACACCAUGAUGGGUGCACCACCAAAUUCCAUGAUGGGUGCACCACCGAAUUCCAUGAUGGGUGUACCACCUAAUUCAAUGAUGGGUGCACCACCAAACUCUAUGAGUGCACCACCUAAUUCUAUGAUGGGUGCACCACCUUCUAUGAUCGGUGCACCACCUAAUUCUAUGAUGGGAGGACCGCCUGUAGGACAAGGCUUUCAAAGUGGUCCACCCUCAGGACCACCAACAGGUCCAACACCACCAAUGUCACCUGCAGCUGGACCAGCAUCUGGAGCAAGGCCGGGAUUUUCUGGUAUGCAACCAACUGGAAUGGGCCCAGGUACUGGAAUGGCUCCUGGGCCUGGUAUGGCUCCUGGGCCUGGUAUGGCUCAACAACCAGCAGCACAAAGAAGACUGGACCCUGACCAGAUGCCUAGCCCAAUUCAAGUUAUAGAAGAUGAUAAAAAAAACAGAAGAAAUGAACAAUUUAUGACAAAUUCAAGAGGGCAGGUUCCGCCAUUGGUAACAACACCAUUUCAAGUUAUUGAUCAAGGAAAUGCUAGUCCAAGAAUGCUUAGAUCAACUAUGUACAAUUUACCCUGUACCCAAGAUAUGAUUAAACAGUCACAGCUUCCUAUGGCUUUGGUAGCAUCUCCCUUUGCUGAGCUACCAGAGAAUGAGUAUCCACCGCCCUUAGUUGACCAUGGACCAAAUGGACCAAUCAGGUGCAAUCGUUGUAAAGCCUACAUGUGUCCAUUUAUGCAAUUUGUUGAUGGUGGUCGUCGGUUCCAGUGUAACUUCUGCAAUUGUGUUACAGAAGUUCCGCCAGAAUAUUUCCAACCACUAGAUCAUAUGGGGAAAAGAGUUGACAUGUACGAACGAGCUGAGCUUUCCCUUGGUGCUUAUGAGUUCCUAGCCACAACAGAUUAUUGUAAAAAUAAUGAGUUUCCAAAAGCACCUGCGUUUAUUUUUAUGAUCGAUGUUACAUAUCAGAGUGUUAAAACAGGAAUGGUGGAUCUGCUCUGUAAGGAGUUGAAAAACAUUCUGGAUCAUUUACCAAGAGAACAUGGAAACAAAGAGUCAUCAAUCCGUGUGGGGUUUGUUACAUAUAACAGUACGCUUCAUUUCUAUAAUAUCAAUUCUGCCCUCGCUCAGCCGCAGAUGCUUGUGGUCUCAGAUGUGCAUGAUGUGUUUAUGCCUCUGUUAGAUGGCUUCCUGGUUACAGUGUCUGAUUCUAGGGCGGUUAUUGAUAGUCUGCUUGAUCAAAUCCCAGAGAUGUUUGCUGAAACGAGGGAGACAGAAUCAAUGUUGGGACCAGUUGUCCAAGCAGGAUUGGAAGCGCUCAAGGCGGCCAAUUGUGUAGGAAAGCUGUUUAUAUUCCACACAUCCCUUCCAAUUGCUGAUGCCCCCGGAAAACUGAAAAAUAGAGAUGAUAGAAAGUUACUUGGGACUGAGAAAGAAAAGACGUUGCUGUCACCACAGACCGGCUUCUACACUAAACUUGGACAAGACUGUGUUGCUGCUGGCUGUAGUGUUGAUUUAUUUUUAUUUCCAAAUGCAUACACAGACCUUGCAACCAUUGGUCAAGUGUCCAGUAUCACUGGAGGACAGUGUUAUAAAUACACAUACUUUCAAGCUUCAACAGAAGGCGAGCGUUUCAUGCAAGACCUCAAUCGUAACAUAAAACGACCAAUUGCAUUUGAUGCGGUCAUGCGUGUACGAACAAGCACCGGUAUUCGCGCAACAGAUUUCCAUGGUAAUUUCUUCAUGUCAAACACGGUUGACGUUGAGUUGGCAUCGAUUGAUUGUGACAAGGCAGUUACAUUUGAGAUCAAACAUGAUGAUAAGUUGUCUGAAGAGACGGGAGCAUUUGUACAGAGACAGGUGCUAUACACAAGUGUCAGUGGUCAGCGUAGGCUUCGAUUACUCAACUUAUCACUUAACUGUUGUACACAAAUGGCAGAUAUGUAUCGCAGCUGUGAAACAGAUAGCAUCAUUAACUUCCUAUCAAAACAUGCAAUGACAGCAUCAUUGGCUUCCAAUCCCAAAGCAAUCCGAGAUGGAUUAGUCAAUCGAACGGCACAGAUAUUAGCCUGCUAUAGGAAAAAUUGUGCUAGCCAAUCAUCACAAGGCCAAGUAUCCCUGGAAGGAUGGUUCCGUCAUUUCUUAGUAGAGGACAAGGGGUCAAAUGCCACAGCAUCUUACGUUGACUUCUUGUGUCACAUGCAUAAGGAGAUACGCAAUCUGUUGAACUAAGGAAGAUGGUAUUGCAUCCAUUCUUUUAUUAAAACAUGAAACAUUGAAAAUUAUAAUAUUCUCUUGUGGCUGAUGAUUUAAUUACGAAGUUAUCAUAUGUUGCUUUCAGAUAUCACAUGGCCUUUGAGGGGAAAUAUCUAGAUUUGUAUCAUAACAUUUGUAAUUAUCGACGCAUCCAACUAUUCUUUGUAGCUCAUAUUUCUUGGUAGAUGGUGGCUGUUUCUUAGUAGUACAUUUUGUACUUGUGAUGUAUUGUUUAGUUAGAGCAUGUGAUAAAAAUUGAGUUAUUAAUCAGUUAAGUCACUCAUUGACAAUUUUUAUUUAUAUGCUCAUGCACUCAGUAAUUAUAACAUUUAUCUACCAAUGACAUAAAUAUAGAAUUUUAACAUAAAUAUAUUUUGUUUAUGCAAGUACUACAGAACAUCCGUGGUUAGUUCUAGUUUCUAUAGAAAUUUAUCACCAGAACAAAUGACUUUUUCCAUCAAGAUCUUUGGUUACAUUGUCUCUCGACAACACUCAAGGUAAAUUAUUAGGUGCCACAGAAAUGUUUCAUUUACCACGGAAAUCUGAAGACAUAGUAAUGGAAAUGCAUUUUACAAACUUGAAAAGUCUGCUUUAUGUGCUAACAAGUUUGAAAAUUCUUUUUAUUCAUUCGGCACAAGGAAGACUAAACUACAAAAUGAUAAGAAAGCUGUUACAAAAGUUGAAAAACUUGGUAUUUCCUGAGCGAAAUGUGAUUCCUUGUAAACUAAUUUUGUUAAUAUAUAAUAUAUAAUAAGUAAACCCCCCCCCCCAAUGUAUUAAAAUUAAACAUAUGGAAACUGGAGGAAAAUAUUCCCGAGUUUCUUUUAAUUUUCUUUACUAUGCCUAUAAAUUUGUCACAAACAUGUGAGGUCUCUCCAAGAAAUAAGUCGCAGGGUUGGAAUAUCAAAAAUUUAGUUUAUAUUAUACAGUAUGUGGAUAGAUCACAUUAUAAGCUUUGAUUUGGUCUUUGGCUUCCCUAAGAUGAGUAGAUCCAGAGAUGUGAGCAUUUAAACUUUAGGUGCAUGAGAACCAGGUUUUGAGAAAAUUAGCUCCUAAGAUAAACUAACCUGUACAAAUAAUAGGACUAGAAUUACAGAACAUGCAUGGAGU